CCUUCCUGCCAUUGCCAGCACCACAUCUGUCCUAUUCGACCUUCUCUCUCUCAACGAUCUCUGAAGAGAGAAAAAUCCAAUCUUUCUGAACUUUCUCUCUCACUCCCUCCAUUGAUUCAACCUAAUAGACUUCCAAAGAGACCUAAUCGUAUUCGAGAUCAAAUCGCUUAAUCAACAAUGUCUUCUACUUUCAGUGGCGAUGAAACUGCUCCUUUCUUCGGCUUUCUCGGCGCCGCAGCUGCCCUAGUCUUCUCAUGUAUGGGAGCGGCUUAUGGCACAGCGAAGAGUGGAGUGGGCGUGGCGUCCAUGGGUGUGAUGAGGCCUGAACUUGUGAUGAAAUCCAUUGUUCCUGUUGUUAUGGCUGGAGUGUUAGGUAUUUAUGGGUUGAUUAUUGCUGUUAUUAUCAGUACUGGGAUUAACCCUAAAGCCAAAUCCUAUUAUCUCUUUGAUGGUUAUGCCCAUCUAUCUUCUGGUCUCGCUUGUGGUUUGGCUGGUCUUUCUGCUGGUAUGGCUAUUGGUAUCGUCGGUGAUGCCGGUGUUAGAGCUAACGCACAGCAGCCAAAACUCUUUGUUGGUAUGAUCUUGAUUCUCAUCUUUGCUGAAGCUUUGGCUUUGUAUGGUCUUAUUGUUGGUAUCAUUCUAUCAUCACGAGCUGGCCAAUCAAGAGCAGAAUAGAAAAGCAUUCGUUCAAAUGUUCUAGCCUGAACUUUGUUGAAAUUAGAUUGCCCCUUUAAGGACCUGAAUACUGACAUCGAAAAUGGUGGUGCCAUUUUUUUUUUAUAAAUUUCGCAUAAUCUUGUGAUUGCUUCAUCUAAAAAGUCAAAUUCUUCUGCUGGGUGUUGAAUUUAGAAUGAGUUGUCGUUGAAUAAAGCUUGCUAAGCUGUACAUUUAAUUACUA